CGCUAUUACAAAUAGUUGGUAAGCGAGGCGUCUGCUCGAGCUCUGUACACACGCGCACCUGCUGCUCUGACAUGUCCUGAUGUCGUACGUCUGAGUGCUCUCUCGAUAUUUCUGUUCGAUAAAUCAUGAAUCCGAACCAAGAUGCUUUGCAAAGAAUAAACUUUCUCUAUCAGGCAGCCCACUGUAUGCUGCUUCAGAACCCAGAGAAUACCAAGCUAGCUAGAUUCUACAUCACAACGAUGAAGAACGUAGCCAAGAAAGCUGUCCUCAGAAUACACCCCAAUAUCAAGAGAACAGUCUGCAAACGAUGUGACUUACUGCUUGUGCCAGGCUUGACCUCAAAGGUCAGGGUCAAAGGCAAACGUCAGAAACACGUUGUGGUGACCUGUCUGGAAUGUGGAGGGGUCAAACGUUUCCUCAGCAACAACGACUACAAGUUGUGGGUGGAAAGACCAGAGUGUACACAGAAUCCUAUCACUGCAGGUACACAAGAAUCUAGUGUGAAGGGUUGCAACAAAAGAUGAGGUGCUAGAUGAUCUUAGAUCAUCGAUGCUCCAGCAACUUCAGUCUUGAAGACCUGCGAUGACAAGUACCCCCUCAACGGUUACAAAAGGAGAGUUGGAGGUCACCACUGGGAAGGGCAUUUGAACGCAGUGUGGGUUACGCCCGACACUCAUGUGAAGACGCUACAAAUGUUUGCAGAUUCAGACUAAAAUAAGUCAUGCGUACUUCAUGCCAAGUGGGAGCAAAUCAGUACGCUUACGUGGUGUGCGCCUCUUACCGGGACUCUGUGGUCACAGUGGAUACAAUAAGUGAUUGGGAUUUCCAAAAAGCAAGCACAUGUACUUCGUGAAGGGUUUUUGAUAUUUCGUUAAAAGUUUCAGUUUGUAUGCGAGAGAAUGACUGUUUAGAAAAUUAUUAUCGUCACAAGUUGAAGAUUUCUACCAAAGUACAUGGAAGUAGCCAGUGACUUGCAUCUUUUUAAUGAUCAAUAAAUGUUUGUUUGAUGUAAACAAAAAGGCCUUUGAAAUGCUGCAAUCUGA